GUGACACGCCUCAGCCAUAGAGAAUCAUGGGGGCAGGCACGCCCAGAAGCAACAUUGACACUUCCUUGUUGCAUUUCCAGAAGCUGGUUCUGUCUCCCCCGGCAGCGAGAGAAUCCCUGAGUUCCUAAAUCUGCUUCAAACAUGAGUGAGGAGACACUCAGAACGGAGGGUGAGUCCUCAGGCACAGUCGCUCAAAACAAGGAGCAGUUUACCGACUGGAAAGCUGCACAGAAGGAAUUUGAAAAAAUAGCUUCCACAAAGAAACUGCGGACUCCCAAGUCUCAAGAUGCUAUCACGAUCGCUGUGUCUUCUCGCUGCCUCUUUAACAUGGUGGAAGAAAGGAAAAUAUAUCAAGAACAAGGCCUGGAAAGUUACGUGAAGCACCAACAGGACCACGAAGAGGAGCCUCUGAAAAAGGGGCCGGCAUUCCCAUUGGUGAAGGUACUGAAUAAUUCUGCUUUCCCACAUCCAGCCUUUUUGGGAAAUGUGCAUUGUUCAUUUCGAAAUUAACAUGACUCAAUAUUCUCAUGUUUCGAUCAUUGUAAUAUUUAACGCAGAUUUAACAUUCCAACCCUGACAGGGAGGUUCCUCAAUGUACAAUUUUCGUUAUCGAGCGGUUGCAACAAAUUAC